AUGACGGAUGGUUGCCAGGUUUUGGUCGCGGCGGAGAGUGGGAGGACCAUCGCCGGAGCUUCUGUUGAGGUACAUCUUCCACGAGAGAAGAUAGCUUUGUUUCCCUUACAACCAGACCUAGUUGAUCACGGCGGAAAGUGCGAACGGGUGGAGAGAGCGGAGAGAACCAGGAAAUGGAGACAAAGCGCGAUGAGAGAGGUGGAUCCGACAGAUCUGGUGGAUCCGGCGGAUCUGGUGGAUCAGGAGGCUCCAGCGGUUGGUGGUGCUCUUGCAGUUUCGGAGGAGUCCCCCUCGGCGGAUGAGAAGAAGAGCCCAAACCAGUUCCGGUCAAUGAACGGUUAG